CGGUUUGACUCCUCACAACAACAGCGCCGCCAUUUUCGAAAGAGUUGGCUCUGACCGGUUGUAUGUAGAAAAUGAAUCAAAUCGAAGAACGCCUCGCAGAAGCAGUCCGAAAAUAUGAACACCUAUAUGACACCUCGUUGAAAGGCCAUAAGGACGCCAAAAUGGCAAAAAAUUCCUGGGCAGAAAUAGCAACGAAUUUAGGCUUGUCUGUCCCUGACUGCAUUAAAAAAUGGAGGUCGCUGAGGGACCAAUUCGUUCGUAUUCGACGAAAGAUGACCAGCAGCAGUGGGGAUGCAGGCGGUCAUAAAAAGGUCCUCGCGCUCAACACUUCACUCUCCUGGCUGGGACCCCACAUAAAGCAUCGGGAGACGUCAUCAAACUACGAUGUGAAGGAACUUACCUCAGAAGGAAGAGACAAUGGAGGCCCAUUGGAGCUAUUGUCGCCCAGUGUAUCACCAAUUGAUGACCGCCAGUCAUCCACCUCAUCUUCCUCCCUGGAAUCCAGAUCCUCCUCCCCUGCACCAUCAAAUCCAUCUACAUCAGUAACGUCCACUCAGCUAACCACUCUCCCACCUGCAUCCACUCCUCCAGUCUCCAUGUCACCUCAGCUGCCCACCUUCCUAUCUCCAGUCUCCAAGACAGAGCCAUCUCCUCUGUGCCGCACGGGACUGAAAAGGCAAAGGGAGCAGCAGGAGGACGACAAUUUUACACAGAAAUUGGACCAGUUGGAAGAGAGCAUGCUGCUGAUGCACAGGAGGCUGGAGAGGCCUGAGGAUGAAAUCUCGCGAUUCGGACAGACGAUUUGUGACAUGCUGAGGAAAGUGCCUGAAGACGACCAGGGCGACGCAAUGCAAGCAGUAUACAAUCUGCUGUAUGGAUUCCGCAAGCGUCCUUGUUGUAUUUUGAAAAUGAAUCAAAUCGAAGAACGCAUCGCUGAAGAAGUCCGAAAUUAUGAACACCUAUAUGACACCUCGUUGAGGGGCUAUAAGGACGCCCAAAAGGCAAAUAAUUCCUGGAAGGAAAUAGCAGAGAAUGUAGGCUUGUCUGUCCCUGAAUGCAUUAAAAGAUGGAGGUCGCUGAGGGACAAAUUCGUUCGUAUUCAACGAAAGAUGACCAGCAGCAGCAGUGGGGAUGCAGGCGGUCAACAUAAGGUCCCGGCGCUCUCUUUUCUCUCCUGGCUGGGACCACACAUAAAGCAUCGGGAGACGUCAUCCAACUACGAUGUGAAGGAUCAUACCUCACAGGGGAGAGAUAAUGGAGGACCAUUGGAGCUAUUGGCUCCCAUUGAUGACUGCCAGUCAUCCCCCUCAUCUUCCCCCCUGGAAUCCAGAUCAUCCUCCCCGGCACCAUCAAAUUCAUCUAUGUCCACUCAGCUUUCCACCUUCCCAUCUCCAAGACAGCGUCACCUCCUCAGUCCCGCACGGGACGGAAAUGGCAAAGGGAGCAGCAGGACGACGGAAAUUUGACUCAAGAAAUUGGACACGCUGGAAAUGAGCAGGUUGCUGAUUCAAAGGAGGCUGGAAAGGACUGAGCAUGAUAUCAAGAUUCAGACAGACGGUGUGUGACAUGCUGAGGAAAGUGACAGGAGAUGAUGCGAUGCACGCAGUGUAUAAUGUGCUGUAAGGACUCCGCAAGCGUCCAUACAGCAGCUAACCAAACACCAAACGCUAAAGAGAAUUUGGCGUAUGGCACUUUUAAAGUUUGUUUUUAGCCAUUCAUAUUUAUAUUAGUUAAAUCAUUAAUUUUUUUUUAACAGACAUGUCUAUUUGUUUUAUAAAGUACCAAUAAAACACAAAAUAAGAUUUAAAGGUUUAUUUGCAACACUAUUUACAUGGUUUGCAGUCAGCAUACAAAAUAAAUUGGUUCUGCUUCAGCUGUUGCCAAAGUUGCCACGUGACACAAUGUCAUCCUGCCAUGGUACCACUCCCUGUGGCUCCAGAGAGAAUUUCGCCAGUUCAUCUGAUACCCAUUAGCAACCCUGGUGGAACUGCUCCUGGACAUCUCUGCUGGUUGAAUAGACUUAGACUCGUUUUAUUGUAUUAAACAUUUCGUUACCUUGGCUCACGGUGGAGUGGACACAGAAUAUAAAAAGAUGGCAUGAAGUAAAAAAGGUUAAAAUAUUAAGAGGGUAGGGGGGUGCAUAGAUGGUUUAUUUAUUGGCUGCGGGUGUUCAACAGUCUAAUGGCCAGGGGGGAAGAAACUUUCACUGAACCUAGAUGUCCUACUGUGGAUGCUGCGAAACCUCCUGCCAGAGUUCAGCAUGGAAAACAGUCAGUGCUGAGGGUGGAUGGACUCGGAGGAGAUGCGUUGGGCUCUGGUUAGGCAGUGCUUCUUCCCAACGUCCCGGAUGGAGGGGAGUGGGGACCCGAUGUUUUUCUCCGCAGUCCUCACCACCCUCUGCACAGACUUCCAGUCCGAGGCCUCGCAGGCCCCCCACCAGACGGAGAUGCAGCUGGUCAGCAGACUCUCGAUAGCGCCUCUGUAGAAGGUGAUCAGGAUGGGAUGGGAUUGGGGGGGGGGGUGGAGAAGGGGCUUUCCUCAUCAGGCGCAGGAAGUGCAGGCGUUGCUGUGCCUUCUUCGCCAGGGAGAUGGUGUUGAGGGACUAGGUUAGCUUGUUGGUCAUUUGCACCCCCAGGAACUUAGUUCUGCUGACGACUUCCACCGCAGUGUCAUUGAUGUGGAGUGGUGUAUGACUAGGCCGAGAUUUUCUGAAGACGACAAUGACCUCCUUUGUCUUUUCAACAUUGAGGAUGAGGUUGUUGACUUUGCACCGUCCACCAGAUGUUUCACCUCGUCCCCGAAGGCCAGUUCAUUGUCAUCCUGGAUGAGGCCCACAACAGUUGUUGUGUCGUCAGCAUACUUCAAGAAGUGGUUGAAUAGGUCCCAGGUUUAAGACGCCAGACACAACUCUGCGACACUCACCAUGUUGCACCAAUCCAGCAGACUGCAUCCGAAAAACUUGGCGGCGUAGCGGCUCUCCGGUGCGUUUGCCUCGUCAGUAUAGGCCAGGUAGUUGUGUAGAACAACACAACCCUUCACCACAGCCUUGUCUUGUUGGAAUUAUAUUGUCCUGCCAAGAAUUCUUCGCUGUUCAGCCAGAUAUAUUUUCAAUCACCCGUCUGGCUCUUUAGAGACGGUAAUUGAAAGUCUUCUUGUCCUUGCCCCUCAAAAUCUGGCUUUAGAACAUUCCACAACGCCUUGUAGACCUCUGAUAGAAUCCUGGACACCGUGCUGGAAGCCAGUUUGUAGCUCGCCGCUACAGCCUGUUGGCUUCCACCAGAAGCCAACAUCUUUAACAUCACAGCAAGUCGCUGGGCAGCAUCCACUGGCAUGCUGUGGGUGCCCUGAUGAUCAAUGUGAGGUUGCACACGACGAAGAAAUUUGCCAGCCAACAUUCGAAAGCAUCUGAACUGCAUUUUGUCGUCCAUCUCCCUCAGAGGGCAAACAUGAGCCCGUCCUCAGCCUCGUUCAUUUAGUUGACGUACAUACCACCUCCAGAAUCGUCUCCUCUGUCGUUCUAGGAUUCAUUUGUGUAUCAAAAGUAUCUGUGUUUCGAUAUUUAUCAGCAGGCUUUCUCUCUCGGACGCAAUUGUUCCACGUGAGCCGCCCGGAACCACAACAAUCAACGAC